AUGCCAUCGUCCACCGUGCAGAGGGCAGGAUCGAGGCGAGAUUAUUAACACCCUCAGCGUCAAUUGAUCCCUCCUUGUUAUCUUCCUUUCUCUUCCUUACCACAUCGUCCCCGUUCGCAGUUGUCGCCGACAAUGGCGACUCACGCAGCCAAGGACUCUGUGACCCCAACCCCACCGACCGUGGUCACCGUCACACCACCUGAACAGGUCGCGGAUCCCGCUGCAGUCGUGAACGGGAUCGUGAAGGACGCCGAAAAGGGUGCCGCCGUCUACACCUUUGAUCCAAAGUCAACACCAGAGCAGAAGGCUGCAGCACCCAAGAAACAAGCACAGGCGCAGGGAUUGAUCAAGAGCCCCAACGGGAAGGCGGCGGAGAUCCCUGCUGUUACUGCAAAGAGCGCAGCUGUGAGACCGACAAUUACGAUAGACGAUGUAGCCAAGACCAAUGAGCAAGACAAGACUGUCGUCGCCGCCGAACCGAAGGAGAUGCCCGGUGGGGUCGGCGACGUCUUCCAGAUCCCGGAAUGGUAUCGCGUCGGGUGGAGGCAGGGCGGCGGUAUCGACAGGCCGGGUGCACUCACAACCCAGGAUAUCCUGAAUGCCCCCCCGAAGCCCCCCAGCCUCCUCUCGCAGUACAUCCCCGAGGAGUUCUAUGGUGCAUGGUACUGGGAUGCAUCCGUCAUCGUUAUGGCCGUGGCUUUUACCCACCUGUUGACAAUAUUGCACCUCGGAUGGGGAUGGAUUUUCCUCCUCAUGGCCACCUGUGGAACCUACUACUCCGUGUCGAACGAACGCAUGCGCGGGCGUGCCCGAGAUGAUAUUCGUCGCGAGUUGGUCAAGAACCGCGCCCCGGUCGAGCCGGAGAGUGCCGAAUGGAUCAACUCGUUCCUCGAGCGGUUCUGGCUCAUCUACGAGAACGUGCUCAGUACCACGGUGGUUCAGUCAGUGGAGGCGCAACUCGCGGUGAACACGCCGCCCAUGGUCGAAUCAAUGCACUUGACCACGUUCAUCUUAGGUAAUAAGGCACCGCGCAUUGAUAUGGUCAAGACCUACCCGAAGACGGAGGACGACGUUGUGCUUAUGGAGUGGAAGUUGUCAUUCACACCAAAUGACGCCUCAAACACAUCACUCAGAAAAGCGGCGGAUCGCGUCAACCCAAAGAUCGUAUUCGAGAUCACUGUCGGCAAGUCUGUUGCGAAGGUCAAGCUCCCCAUCCUGUUGGAGAACUUCGAGUUCCGCGUACAUGUGCAGAUCAAGCUUGAUCUCAUGACUACGCCCCCUCAUGCGAAAAGGCUGGAGAUCAGCUUCCUCGAGAAGCCCUUCUUCGACUUUGAGCUGAAACCGAUCGGUGGGGAGACGUUUGGAUUUGACAUCGGCUUCAUCCCCGGUCUUCGCACUGGUAUUCGCGAUAUGGUUCACUCCAUCCUCGGUCCCAUGAUGUAUGCUCCCAACGCCUAUGUGCUGGAUCUUGCCCAGCUACUAUCGGGCGCUCCUCUCGAUACCGCCAUCGGUGUCCUACAAGUCCGCGUCGUCUCCGCGCGCGGUAUCAAGGGUGUCAAGGUCACUGGGGGCGCCCCAGAUCCCUACGUUUCCCUGUCCAUCAACGAGCGCGAGGAAUUGGCACGCACCAAGUACCAACCGGCUACAUAUAACCCAUACUGGGGCGAGAUCAAAUUCCUGCUGAUUAACUCGCUCAGGGAGCCACUCACACUCGGUGUCGUGGAUUAUAACGAACACAGGAAGGACAUGAACCUAGGAACCGUGACUUGGCCUAUGGAAUCGUUGCAGGAUGAUGUCGAACAGGAUGAGAUUGUGGGCAAGAUCAUGCGUGAUGGACAGGUAAGAGGCGAGCUGCAAUUCGACGUUUCCUUCUUCCCUGUCCUGAAGCCCCAGAAGGGGCCAGACGGGGAGCUAGAGCCUUUGCCCGACACAAAAACUGGUAUCCUUCGUGUUACGAUACAUCAGGCCAAAAAAUUGGACACCUCCAAAUCUGGUGGGCUUACUGUCCGCGAACUCAACCCCUAUGCAAAGCUGCUCCUCGGUGGCCAGGAAAUUUUCAGAACAAAGCUCGCCAAGGGCACCAAUAAUCCUGUGUGGGAGGCCCCUAAGGAGAUGCUUGUUCACGAUCGGCAUGCGCGGAACGCCUUGAUCGGUGUCGAAAUCAUUGACGACCGUGACAUCCUUUCUGACCCUGUCGUCGGUCGCCUCAGCAUCACCGUUGAUGACCUCUUGAAAGCGGGAGAAGCAGAGCGUGAUCGCUUCCCUCUGGUAAACUGCAAGACCGGCUGGUUACGCAUGAGCGCAGAAUGGAAACCGCUCAAUAUGGCUGGUAGCAUCGAAGGAGCAAGUGCUUACGUGCCUCCUAUUGGCGUCGUCAGACUAUGGAUUCAGAAGGCCAGUGAGGUACAGAACGUCGAGGCACUCAUGGGCGGCAAGAGCGACCCUUAUGUUCGGGUCAUGCUGAAUGGUGUGAUCAAGGUUCGCACCGAAGUCGUGAACAACAACCUCAAUCCCGAGUGGGACCAGAUCAUUUACGUCCCAGUGCAUCAACUGCGGGAGAGUCUGAUGCUGGAGCUUAUGGACUAUCAGAACUUGACCAAAGAUCGCUCUUUAGGUUCCGUUGAGCUCAAGAUUGCCGAUCUUGCUUCUGUGGGAGGCGAUUCUCGCAUCCCUUACAAGUCCAAGGGAAAACGUACAUUCGCAGAGCCGAUCCGCCUGGACAGAGGAAAGAGCGCGUUCAAGGGGAAGCUAUUUUAUGUAGCCGAAUUCCUGCCAGGCGUCCAUCUCAAAAACGCCACUUUCAAAGGCGAGAGCAAUGAGAUCCAGGAGAACAUUGCUCAGGCCAACGCUUCUCAGAAUGCAGACGGUGUUGUGGUGAAGACUCCUCGAAGUGCAGACACCGAUGGAAGUGAGCACAGUGGCUCCCCAGUGAAUCCCCCUGCUCCCACUGCCCAGAUCACCAUAACGCCAGCAACCCCUCAAGUCAAUUCCGAUAGUGCAGCUGUGAAGAGUCAUAAACGGGGACCUUCGAUUGACAGUGUCAGGUCAGAUGAUGACUCGCGUGUGGAUGAAGGGGUUGAGAUGACUUCCAAGGAGGUUCUUGAGAGCCAAUCUGGCAUCAUUGCGUUCGACGUCAUUUCCGGCCACCUUGCCAGGAAGAGUCGAUUGGAGAUUCUUUUAGAUGAGAGCUACUGGCCAGCAUUUGGGACCAUCCAACCUCGAAGCCCCCAUGCUAGGUGGGAACAAGCUGGCGAAGGCUUCGUCAAGGAGCUCGAUUUCAGUCAGCUGUGUCUCCGCCUCAAUCAGAACGACGAAGGAGACAAGGAAGAGAUUGUCGCCGAGCUGAAAAUGGACACCAAGAAGUUCUUGGAGAUGACUUUGGACAAGCCAUCAACAUUCACUCUAACUCGGAAUGGUGGCAACAAGAGCACAGUGGAGAUUCAAACGCGCUAUAUUCCGGUACAUGUUGUCCUGGAACCGCGCGAGAGCGUCAACAAUAUGGGCAUCCUUUCGGUCACCUUGUUGUACGGAGAUAAUAUCCGCGGCGUUGACCGUCGCGGUACAUCCGAUCCUUUCGUCGUCUUCAAGCUCAACGGACAGAGGGUCCAUAAAUCCGAGACGAAGAAAAAGACCCUUAAGCCUGAGUGGAACGAGAAUUUCAGUAUGAUGGUGACGUCUCGGGUGGACGCCCAAUUCAGUCUUGAGGUAUUCGACUGGAACCAGAUUGAGAACGACAGAACACUCGGGGAGGGAGCCGUUGACAUCACCAGCCUGGAGCCUUUUGUUGCAUCUGAAGUGUCAAUCCCCAUUGCCGAUGACAAGCAUGGAAAUUCUGGUGAGAUCAAGAUUCGACUGCUUUUCACUCCUCAAAUCAUUGCUCGUCAACGGCAACCUACGAGUACUUUUGGUGACGUUGGGAGAGCAAUGACGCGUGUUGGCACUAUGCCACUUGCCGGGGGACGUGCCAUUGUCACUGGUGUUGGGCAAGGGGUAACUGAAAUUGCUGGCAUUGCUGGGGGUGUCGUUGGAGUGGGCAGCGGCAUUGGGCAUGGCAUCAGCGACGUGGGGUCCGGGAUUGGUGCUGGAGUCAGCAAAGCGACCAACAUCUUUCGCCGAAAGGACAAGGACAACAGCAACGUAAUCACCGAAGAAGAAGUUGCACCUGCUAGCGCAGUCCCAGCCAGUAUGGCCGCGGCUCCCGUACUAGCCUCCGUGCUUGCUGGUCGAGAAGCUGUGGGUAUGGAUGGCCCUUCACAAACAGGAUAUCUCCGGGUCCGCAUCGUUAGCGCGAAGGGUCUGGCAGGCAGUGAUUCUCUCAAGCCUGAAGUGCAUUUGCGUGUCGCCGAGAAAGAGUUUAAAACAAAGCAUGCCAAGGGGACUUCACCAGAAUGGGACGAGACUUUUCCCUUCAUGAUCACCUCAGCUAUCAAGACAUUAAGCCUGACGGUGCUUGAUCACAGAACGAUCGGGAAAGAUAAGGAGCUGGCGGAAGCACAUGUAGAUAUCUGGUCCCAAAUAGCUACUGCCUCCACGGCCGAUACUUGGGUUGAACUCUCGCCUGAAGGCCAAUUGCAUGUACGGCUUGAAUUCUCACCUGGCAGCAGUCCAGGUGGUCAAACACCGCCACGAAAUAGCAUUUCCAUGAGCGGACUGAGUAAGGUACAGACACCGUCGAAAGGGAGUCCUUCACGGUUCAGUCUGAAGGGUUGAACAUUAAUUCUGUAACAAGCUGUUGUUCUUCAUUGUGCAUAUAUUUUUGGUUUGUUCUUGUUUUUUUCUUCACUCACGUAUAACAAAACUUAGCUUACCAGACGCGAUAUGGACAUCCGUAGCGUUCUUGAAUUCUGUUGUAGCUGUGUCCCAUAUAUGACUUCAUCAUUCUUGU